UAGAGGCUUCAGCGCCGCAGCUCGAGGUGGGUCAGGCAGACAUAAGACCCAGUCACAGGCUCACCCACCAACCGGGGUCAGCCAGCACCCCAGAAAGGCCCUCAUGCGAGAUGCAGCCCCUGGGAGCACCCGCUGGCAGAGCGAUGCCGCACGCCAGCCACCGGGACGGCACGGUCCAUGGGGAUAAGACCUGGAAGGAGCAGGACAGGGACAAGGAGGGAGUGUGGGUAGGCGAAGGGGGCGGCCCGGCCUGCAAUACCUCCUCCCCAUUCCCCCCUGAGCCGCCAGGGGCUGCAGGCAGCAGCAUCCCCGUCUACUGUGCCCUCCUGGCCACCGUGGUCCUCGGUCUGCUUGCCUACGUGGCCUUCAAGUGCUGGCGCUCCCAUCAACAGAGACGGCAGCUGGCCAAAGCGCGGGCUGCAGAGCUGGGCGCCCUCGACAGGGACCCGAGGCACGGGGAGAGCAGUGUCUUCCUGGACUCUCCUAGUGGCCUGGCGCCCUGUGCCCCCGGCCAAGGGCCACAGCCGGAGCUCGGCCGCCGGCUUUACCUCCAUCUCCCUCGGCAGCAGCAAGAGGAAGUGGAGCGGCUCCUGGGAGUGUCAGGCGACCCCGACAAGGGCUGGCAGGGCCUGGCAGGCCGCCUGGGCUACCAGACCGAGGCUGUGGAGACCAUGGCCGUGGCCCGGGGCCAGGGGCCUGCCUGUGCCCUGCUGAGGGACUGGGCUGUCCAGGGAGGCAGUGGAGCUACCCUCAGCGUGCUGGAGGACGCCCUGGCCACCAUAGGCCGUGAAGACGUGGUCCGGGUGCUGGGCCUCCCGCCUGAGGGCUGCUCUGUGGUGUGAGCCAGGCCCCCAUAGCCUGGCCUCUCGGGGUGCAGCCCUGUGUUCCCCACCACGCCCUCUCCCAUGCUUUCCCUGCCAUGGGCUUCCUGGCAUGGGUGGGCCCAGCCUGCUCCGUUCUGGAGGGACUCCCCUCCCCUGGCCCCACGUUCCUCUGAGACAGAAACCAGGAGAUGGCAGAGCGGGCAGGAAGGAGUGGGUCUGCCCUCCUGCUCCCUAUCCGCUCCACUUCCUUGGCCUUCACUGUUGUCCUACUUUUGUAUCCAUAGUAAAGGCAGCUCUGGGUUAC